AUGUGUUACAGAACAUCGGGGGAUUCCCUCUACCAAAUAUUAGAACUGCCCAAGACUGCGACUGCCGAUGAAAUUAAAAAAACUUAUAGGAAACUCGCUUUAAAAUUUCAUCCGGAUAAAAAUCCUGGUAAUCCAGAAGCUGCUGAGAAGUUUAAAGAAAUAAAUAAAGCUCAUACAAUAUUAACAGAUUUAACAAAGAGAAAUAUUUAUGACAACUAUGGAUCAUUCGGUUUGUAUGUUUCGGAGCAAUUUGGCGAGGAAAAUGUCAAUACAUACUUCUUGAUGACCUCUGGAUGGUGCAAGGUAAUCUUCGGAGUAUGCGCCAUUCUGACGGGUUGUUACUGUUGUUGCUGUUUCUGUUGCUGUUGCAACUUCUGUUGCGGUAAAUGUAAACCGACACCACCUGCCGACAGUGGUGAUUACCACAACCUGCAGCAGGGCCAGAAUUCCGGCGGGCCUACUAAUUCAGUACACGGUUUAAAUAAGGGCGAUGACAGUGAUGAAGAAGCAGUAACAAGCCAACCAACUAGUGGUGCAGCCCAGGGUGCUGCCUCGAACACGGUGUUUGCAAUGCCUCCUCCACCAUCGGCAACAGCUAACGAAAGUACGAAUUUAAACAGCGGGGGAGAACGCGUUAUAUACACCACCAGUAUCUACUCAUCAAAGAACUCCCUUUACGACCUCAACUGUUGAUUCCUUAUAA